CAGCUAAAAGCAGAGUAAUUAAAGUACUCUCCGCUCAGUUACAACCGUUUUAAAAUACACAUUGACAUGCUAUAAGGUUUGCCUUACCCUGUUCAUGUCCGUCAACAGUUGCCUCUUGGUCGCGCUGUUUCCCUUCGAUGCGGUUACGAAAACAAAAGCUCCAGCUAGUGCAGGACAGAGAUACACGACUUGCUCCUCUCUGGUCCAGACAUCACACCGUUAGCCAAGUCGGCUAGUUAGCAGUUUUAUUUUCUGAGCAAAAUGUCAACCACGACCGGCGGCGGAGAGUUUGGCAACCCUUUACGAAAGUUCAAGCUUGUCUUUCUGGGCGAACAGAGUGUUGGAAAGACCUCACUCAUCACCCGGUUUAUGUAUGACAGUUUCGACAACACCUAUCAGGCAACAAUUGGCAUUGACUUUUUGUCAAAAACCAUGUACCUAGAAGAUCGUACGAUUCGGCUGCAGCUCUGGGAUACAGCCGGACAGGAGCGUUUCCGCAGCCUCAUCCCCAGUUACAUCCGCGACUCAGCCGCUGCUGUGGUGGUUUAUGACAUAGCCAAUCUUAAUUCAUUCCAGCAAACCUCAAAGUGGAUUGAUGAUGUUAGAACAGAGAGAGGAAGUGAUGUCAUUAUCAUGCUUGUGGGAAACAAAACAGACUUGGCGGACAAAAGGCAAGUUUCUGUUGAGGCGGCAGAGAGGAAAGCUCGUGAACUCAAUGUGAUGUACAUAGAGACCAGUGCCAAGGCUGGCUAUAACGUCAAACAGCUGUUCCGUCGUGUUGCUGCCGCGUUGCCUGGGAUGGAUAGCACACCCGAGAAAAGCAAAGAGGACAUGAUCGACAUCAAACUGGAGAAACAGCCCGAGAUGACUGUCACCGAGAGCAGCUGCUCCUGCUAGUACACUCCACCCUCACCAAGCCUGUCUCCUCCCCACCAAUAGCUUGUCUCUCAGUGGCCGCUCGCUCCACCCGUGGCACGAUGUCACCUGGACGGAGGACCUGUUUUUUUUGUUUUGUUUUGUUUUUUUGUGCCCCUUUUCAACUCAGUGACUUUUCAGAGUAAUUGUGUGGAUGUGCGUUCCUGUAUUGAAGCAGAUUAUCUGGGGGGGUAAAAUUGUUUCAAAGUAAGGGUUAGGUUAAAUGAUGUGAACAGAUUUUUAUCCAGUUGCAUGACAUUAUAUAGGAUUGCAGAUUGACAUCCGCUAACCGCUCAUGAGUUAUCGCACAGUUCGGAUUCUUAGUGCCGUUUCUGUUGUCAUUGUUGUAAAGUAAAACUGCUUGGGAUUAUUUAAAUUACUCUUCAAGUUUGAGUUCUCAACUCAUCCUAUUUGACUUUUUUUGUUUGUAUUUUUCAGGGGGAGUUUUAUCUGCAACUAGUCUCUCAGAUGACUUAUUUCUUGACUGUCUUAUUUUGAGGAAGUAAAGACAGGAUCUUACCAGUGACUUUACAUUAUCACUAACCAUCAUUCUACCACAUAAAAGAUGCUCAUUCAUUGGGUAUUAUUCAUGCCGAUUACAUCGUAAACUGCCAAAUACAACUGUGUGUUAGCAGACCAAAUAUACAUCUUUUGAGACCUUGUUUGAAACAGUGCAAAGGGCACGAGUAACCAAACCAGAAGGUAAUUGGUCAUCAAAGGGAAACUGUCAUUGGUUCACUGGACUGGCUACUAACCUAAAGUUAUGUCUGCAUUAAAACCAGAGCAACUGUCUCUGUCAAGUUGUUCAAGUAGCUAACCACAAACUAAUACGUCUGAGGGGGAGUUUCUUUUGUUUUAGUAGGUGUCCCUUUAAAAAAGAGAGAGAGAGAGAAAAGGCCAGUGUUUAUUUUUCCCACGGGGAUGGAAAGUUGUCACUUGUGUCGCUACGAUGCGUCCACCAUCUCAUUGAGAAUUUGUGUUGUGUUGAUUACACUAUUCCAAGAACAUGCAGCAUGCUCACCAUGCAGGAUUCAUAUGGAUAAGAACACAGAUGCCUUGCUUGUUUGUCCACCAACGUUGUGCACUGAAUCAAGCCACAAUCUUGUAAACUAUAGCCGAAGCCUGCGGACUGGUUCAUGGCUUCACUCGUUGUUUCGUAGAGCUGGUAGACGAGCUAACGCUUACUAACGCCCCGGCUGUAAAAAGUGCAGAGAAGUUAGUCGCAGCAUCCUUUGCUCUGAUGCCGUCGCCUGUGUCGGACUGUUGGUUUUAUGUGUUUUAUUUAUUUUGUCACUUGGACAUACAGAAACACGUUGUAUGCUUGACCAAAAGUACAGAUUUUUACACGCACGUUGAUGGUUUUUAUUUGGUUUUCUUUUUUUUAAUUUAUUGUUUGCGUGUCGGCCGAGACUCCACCUAAAGGCGACACCGGCCGGGUCACAUUUCUUCUUGUUACACACGGGGUGUGUGGGUGUGUGUGUGUGUAGAAGACAGCAGUUUGGUUUACACUGUAAAUCAAAGGCUGCACUGUAUCCAGACACACACACACACACACACACACACACAAAUACAGUUUUCUACUAACUAGCCAUAGCACAACAAAAGACACUGGUCAUUUGUUGUCGCUUGUUUUGAAAUGUCAACGUAAUAAAAUGGAGUAAAAAAAUUAUGUAAUUGAUUACAUCAAACGACCAUUUUAACAUGAGCAGCUCUUCUAUUACUGGUCACUGACUAAAAUAUUCCGCUUUGUGCUAUUCUGAAUUGUGUCUGUCCAUUGGAAAUAUGCUGUCUACUCGUGUUUAGCAACGUUUGUGUGAAUAAUGUACUAUUACUAUGUGAUGUAU